AUGUUCAUGGGUCGGCAGAGGUACGACUCCCAGUGGGAGGAAGUGAAGUUCAUCAAUGGCUACAUCUUGCUCGUGGUGUACGUCUUCGACGCCAUCAGAGGGGUCGGCUUCCUGGUGGUCACGUGGGCCACGGUGGUGCUCCUCGGUGGCUUCGUCUCGAUGAUCGACAGGGUUGAUUUUGGGCAGCUCACGCUGAUCACCCUCAUAGAGCUGCUCUGGAUAAACACCUCUUUCCUUGAAAGGAUGAGUGCUGCUGACCUGGCGAGGAUCUUCAAGGUGGUGAAAAACAAGAGAUGGCAGGUGCGCGGCCAUCACCCGGAGGAGCCAGGCAGCAAGAUAGCUACGGCGGUGCUACUUGUGCCAGCGAAAUGGGCUCUGGCGCUGGUUCAGAAUGUGGUGUUGAUCUUCUGCAUUGCCUCUGUGCUGUGUCUCUUGCUGUUUGGACCGUUGAUCACCACCUUGAUUUCAAUACUCGGUCUAAUUAGAGACGACCAUUACGGUGACACGGGCGAGGGCAGAGCAAACAUGGGCCUGGCACACGAUGUCGUGUAUGUCCUGUGUCUAGCCCAAGGUGCCUUGUUCGUGUAUAUAAUCGCCUUGUUACCCUCCAAGGAGAAGAAUGUGAAGCAAGUGAGCCAAGCAUACGGCUUCCUAGAUGGCGGUCAUUUAGUUUCCGGCUACUUGGACGAGAUCAGGAAAGGGUACUCCAAGAAGAUACCAUCGCCCGGAGAACGAAACCUCAUCACAUAUGCUAUUGAGCUCAUGGAGUCCAUGUCGGCCCGUAGCUUCCUUUCCGGGGUGCUGAUACUAGACAGAGUACUCACCCGGAAAAAUCUAGAGGAGAAGCAGCCGCAACAAUCAGAUUUAGAGGAAAUAGUUGGAGCUCCAUUGGUUGAAAAGGAUAUGAAGAACAAGGAGCAGAGGAGAAAGAAGAGGGAGGAGUUGAGGAAGAAGAGGGAUGAUUGGAGAAAGAAGAGGCAGCAGAAUCAGCAAACAGAGGAGAAGAUCAUCGUUCUGCAGCGCAGGAUAAUAAGGCAGCUGAUCGGGUCUGCAUCCACCACUCACAUUCUCCAGAAACUGCUUCAUAUGCUGGAUUCAAGGCGCCCAUCUGACAAAUGGGCUAGGGAGGCCGCUGCGAGGAUAGUGGAGCACGUUGCCAGCGGGAUCUGUUUGGUCCAGUUCCCACGAGGGAUCGAAUGCAUAUCUUCACUCCUCAACUGUUUCGAAGAAUACUGCCAACUUCAGCCAUAUUGCUCAUCGUCAUCCUUCUCUUUACUGAACACAAACGGAGACACUACAAGGACUCCAUGGUCGUCAAAGGCAAACAAUGGUCAUGAUCAGGAACAAGACAACAGCAUCCACACUUCGACACUAGAGUCAGAGUUCGAGUACUCAGAGUCAGAGUCAGAAUCAGAAUCAGAGUCAGAGUCAGAUUCAGCCAGGGGGAUCGACCGGCCUAAGAUGCUCCAUGGCUACAAAGAGCUGCUUCUAAUUGGUAUGAAUAUCCUAUGGAGCCUCGCAGCCAGCGAGGACAACUGUGCAAUCAUAGGCAAAGCCAAAUAUCCUGUCUCAAAGAUCAUGGCGCCUGUUAGCUACGACCUAGUGCACCACACAGCUGGUCACAGUGAAUGGUCCACUAAGGUAGUAGAGAUAUCAUUGGCGGUGAUGCUUCGGCUAAUUGUGACUGCCAAGAGAGAAACUGCGACAGACCUGCUUCAACAGAUGUCAGAGGAUAAGGAAGCAAUCGCCACCAUGGAAAGAAUUGUUACCUGUGAAGAAUGUAAAGGCGGAGAACUGCAGAUGAAGGCCAUGCAGAUCCUCGUGCAACUAUGCAUGGAGGAAACUGCAGACAGAGGCAAUCUCAUUAAGAUACUCGUAAGCAUCUUCAUUAAUGUUGAUAGCAGUAACUCCAUUAGACAGACUACAGUUAAUUUACUGGUGGUGCUGUUUCUUGGUAGAAAAAGUGUCGCUCCCCUCUUCCCCAAGGAGGAAAAUGAUGGGUUUGUCUGUGGUCUCACCAAAAUAUUAGUAGGGGACAAUGACACAUGCAGAAGAAGCGCAGCAGAAAUUCUGGAGCAUUUGUGCAUUCAUUAUGCUGAGAAUGGUGAAUGUGUUGGUACACUCAGGAAUGCCAUGAUGGGUGUGAUGCCAAAGGUGCUCGAAGAAAUACUACUUGGUUGUGAGUCAACAGGGGAAGAAGGAAUCCCCGAAUAUACGAGAUCAUGUGGUGAUGUCGAAAGCCAAGUCAUUACGGACAACGAUAAGAAGAAGAACAACAGUACUUCCUCCCGUCCUAGGCAGAAGAAACACCACAUGCUGCAUGUUGCUCUGCUAUCCCUCUGUGUGACAGCAUGUGACAAACUAGACCUUGAUCUCGAUGCAAUUUCACUGGGAGAAGGAAGAGAUCAAGCUAGAGAUCCAGCAGAAUGUUUCACGAUCAGCCUUGCUACAAAGAUGGUGCAGUUAAACCAAGGUCUGCCCACCACAGACAACCUCACAGUGAUGAAACUUACCACUAGGAUGGUGAUAGCAGCAAUGAAGAAACUCAAGAGCCAUGGCACCGCUGGCAAGCUAGCUGUUCUGGAGAGCCUCAUGGGCUCGCUGUCCAGCGUUUCAGAGACCAUGCUGGAUCUCGAGAGGAUCAUGGUAUUUUCCAGCAGGAUGACGCAGACAAUGCCUGCCACUGCUGAGACCCUCGAUUUCCUCAUUAAACAAGCACGGCAACUCCAUGGCGAAAUUAAGGGCCAAGGCUCGGAAAUAGUACCAGCUAGCUAG